CUCUCUCUCUCUGUACUAUCUCGAAUAACUACGAUUCUUGCGUGGCCGAUUUUUUCCAAUCUGCCGCGCCUACCAACGCGUCUAUCUUAUCUAAACCCAAACCUAAACCGUUCCGUUCAUUCCAAAUUCUUUCGCAAUUUCCUCAUCUCUCUCUCUUUCCUCUGGAAUUUCGCGGAAGUUAGGCAAAGUUUCUGCAAUAGUUACUUUGCCGAAUGCUUUUGCUUACGAUUCAUAUCGAUUAUCUUCGAUAUUUAAAUGUUCGGCUCGCAUAUUUCCGUAUUAGUCAUGCGCGGAUUAACUAUGAAAAACGGGCACUUUUAAUGCACACGAGCAAGUUGAUAGGCAACUGUAAGCCCGUAAGUUUCAAUGUUCUGUGUAAUAUAUGUACAUGUUCUAAUUCUUAUUGCGGUAGAAUUCCAUUUAUCUCACCUCGGAAAGAAACAAAUAAUCGAUACACCUAAGGUUCGUAUAGGGUAUUGCCUAAUUUAUUUCCAUCGUAGAAAUUUCACGCUGCUGUUAACCGAUCGACGAUCGAAUUCGUUUUAUAACAUCCUCUAUCUUACAUUCCUUGACCCAGUUGAUCCAACACGUUGCAGAGAUUUCACGUUUGCGUGUUCAAACUAUAGCUGCUAUUGUCGACUGGUUCAACCUUGCAAUCGAGUGACACCGUACGAAUCCUGCUGGUCGUACGCAUAAAUUUCUCAAAUCGUCAUCCUUGACGUAUAUCACCAAGUUUAGAACUGUACGAAGCAUACAGACGUAUAUACGCAUGGAUUAAACGCGAAUGGUUGCUUAAGCUCGCGCUUCAAUGUCAGGGGAAAUCGCUGUUCGACCACUUCCUGCGGCACGUUCACUUCCGUCUCGCUCAGGCUCUCUCGCGACUGAUAAUCUCCGAAGGCAGGUCGUACUGAAACGGCGGGCCGUGGUCGUUAAUUUCUUGCCGGAGUGAAACCGGCACGGAGUGCGCAGCACCGCAGAUCAAAGGAUAAUAUUUCUCACACUGGCCGACAGUAUAAUCGGCACGCAAUGUUUCCCUUCUCGUGCACGUACACGGCAGAGUUCUCUCCCAACAAGAGAGAGGAGAGAGAGAUGAAGUUAACUCUUGGAUUUUACCAAUCGGUCCACGGUGUGGUACACGUGUGCAUUCGCGAUUCGUGAAAAUCGACGACACGAGCGAACGCGCGACACACUUUGCCAAGACUCGCUUUCGCGUUCGCGAGUCGCUUAGGAUUGGACACCGGAAGGGAAACGACCUGUCGAUCGACGUAUCGCUUCCGUGAUCCGCUACAGGGUAACGUUCGGCCACGGUAGAUCGACCGACGAUUUUUUUCUUUCUGCAGAAAAUUCAGUUUGAUCGGUCGUCUUGGUUAUAACGCGGUGGAACGUGCGACGGAUCGGGUCCGAUGCAAAUAUCGCGGCCAAAGUUUCGAUCGUAAACUAUAUUCUGGACGCUGCUUGAGCGCAAAACAUUCGCGUGUGCUCGGUUCGUUGAGUUCGAGAUCGUUUUGCGCGGCGCUGAAGAACUUUCCGCGUUCCAAAAGGACGAUGCGUUGGUCGGAGGGUUGAAAAAAUGGCUGGCCGAAAAAACUUACCGCGAUUUCUUCCCGAUAACAUGGAUUUAUUACGCGGAGGACCUCCGUGGCCUCGCAGUUUUGGCAUUCCAGUUUUAGUGCCGAGAAACUCGACCGAGGAACAUGACUCGGUUUUCUGAAUGUAUACGAUGCAUUUUAAUCGCCAGCCUCAUUGUCGGUUGUCCGUACGUACCAAUACCUUUUGCAGCCGCUGUAGAACACGAGGGAGGAAACAUUACGUAAACUUACGCGUGUAGGAUUUAUUUUUCGGAUUAUGACUGGUGGAAGAGGAAUGCGCCCAGAGACCUGAUCUAAUCGGAUAUUUAUGGAGCUUUGACGUUAUCUUCGAUUCAAGGCGGGCAGUACGUGUUUCUUCUAGCAGCGUGCUCCAGAUUCGAGAGUGUGCAACGGAGAAACGUGAAAGAGGCGCGAUGGAACACGAAACUACGAACAAUAGGUAGACACGUGGCACGUUACAGUCGCACGUACUAGCAAACUCGUACCGAAUAUCCUGAAUCUCGUACUUUUAUUUCGCAAUGACGGGCAUAAAUCGAGGCCUACGAAAGCGAGAAAAAGAACGUGUAAAAAAGUCAGCCACGACCGCAGACUGACGCAAUUCCACGAUAGCUGGGAUUUAUUCAGCCUUUGCACCUGUCGCGGUCUUGAAAUUUAAGCCUUCAGCGACAAGAAGCGCGAUCCUACGAACGAAGAUUCCGUACGUCGAGAAACUUGGACGAAUUUUUCCUUCUCGCUUUCUUGCUCCUUUCGCGCCGCUACUUUAUUCCUCCUUUCGCUGGUAAACUAACCGAGGACGUCCGCGAGAGUAAUCAUGGAGAUUUUGGACGAGACACGAUUAAUUAUUUCAUACGUGCAAGGAUAUAUUCAACAGGUAGCCGAGUAGGAUAACGCAUACUUCUAGUUACACGCCUCUUACGUUUUAUCGCAUAGGUGAAUCGCGAUGUAGGACGAGCAGACUUCCGCGAGACGAGUCGAGAGGAGACUCGACACGACUCGACUCGACUCGACUCGACUCGACGAGACAAGACGAGAGACGAUGAAGACGAGAGAUGCGCGAGAAGAAACUAACGCGACUAACCGCACACGUUUCGAGCUGCAUCAUGGAUCACGCGCUCGUUACAGAGCGGACGAAUCUGAAUCGGUUUGUCUCGCGUAACUCAGAUUCUCACGGAUACCGUUGCCACGAGAUAAGGACACGGAACGGAGAAUGAACCUUGGUAUCGGACGAUUCGCGCUAAUUACGCGUCCGCGUAAUAAUUACCGAGUGGGCCUCUGACACGAUUAAUCAACUUCCCAGUAUCACCGUAUAUAGACGCGAGAAUAAUUGAACUUUUGACGGGAUCUUACUCUAAUGAUAUCGUUCAAGCAAGAAGGAGGCGCGUUGCGUUCGUUCUUAAUUCGCGUCAGGCUUCGUUGUCCUUGAAAGCGACGAAGAAUCACGAGCGUACCUCUUUGCUUGAUUACCGGGUAGGGUAGAUCGCAAUGCGUCAAAGCUCGAUGAAAAUCAUCGGGAGUCUGGACGCGCGAUUAACCCUGCGUCCAUCGAUUAAAAGCCGGGAUCGGUCGGUGUCCCUUUGCCGCUUAUCGAGCACUCAUUUUCACCUCUCUCGUGCUUUCAACCGGCGAGUCUUCGUGGAAGCUGGCGUUCCACGACAUCCCGGCAACUUCUCGCCAUGUUCCGCACGACUACUCCCCAUUUAUCGCGUCCGACAUGCAAGAAUAUCACCGCGAAGCAACCGAGAACCAGUCAUCGUGCCAUUAAUUAGCCGGUUGACGCCUAGAAACAGGAAUUCAUUCCGGGGUCAGGCAUUAUCAAUUCGUUUUAUCGUUACCGAGACCGUUACGGCGGGACACGUUCCGCCGGUUGCAAAUAGAGUACGAUGCACCCUGCGGCGCAUCCAGCCUCUGUACAUCUCUGAUAUCGAAUCCUUCGAAAUCUAGUAAAAUCAAUCGAUACGUCGUUAUUUAUCUCGUUCGUAAUCCGUUACGAUCGUUUGCGAUCGAGCGGAAUAAAUACCGCGUGUUUCUUUAGCGAUUGCCGCGUAACAACAACCACGUACACGGUUGACGUCUAGAUCUCCGAUCGUUGGACCUAAACGUCUUCAAAAUCUAAACGAUGACAAAGUGCUUCGUGGGAAAGAAACACGAGAUACAAGAGAAAAUUAGGCAUGGAAAACGUACGGAGGAACCCUUUAUCAGCGCUCGGUUCGGUCGGUUCGGUUUCCCCAGUGAGGUACGAACAACGUGUAAGGCCCAACGGGGAAUAAGUCCCGAUCGCCAUGGUAACCGGUGAUUCGGUCUCGCGUCUCGUCGUCGUGGAUCGUGCAACUUCGAUCCGGUUCGUCCGAGUUCGUCCGUACUCGGGCAUUUUCGUAAGAGCGAGGCCAACCGGUCGGCAAAGGCAGUCUCUCCGCGCGACCAGUUCGAUUCCGCACGUAGCCAGUGAUCGGUGCUCGUGGCGUGUAUGUGUCGCGUCGCGUUUACGUUCAAUCUCCGUCUCGAACGUAUCUCGUGUUUUGUUGUCACGUUUCGGUAACACGGUUGUGCGUUCUUUCGCGUCUCGUUCCGAUCGUUGGAACAUAGUACGAGGGAAGACCGUCUCGCGAACGGCGAGUAACACUGGAAACCGCGAACCGUAGAGGAAAGAAACGGUGCACGUAGACUACCGCUUUAAACGCGGACCGUGUUUGCGAGAGAGCGCUGCACGCCCGAAGGCAAAUACCUGUGCCUGGUUUCAAGUCGAUCCGGCCCUCUGACACGUCGCUUCCCCGUAGGCCGCUACUUUUCUGCUCGAUCGGUGAAACGUGCUGUAGAACACAGGUACUUGAAACGGUAUCUGCCUGCGUUCAAUUCGUGUACGCACGGAAAAACAAGCGUGCAACGUCUCGCGUAAGACCAACCAAGAUCCAGACUGAAAGAAAAAGAGAGAGAGAGAGGGAGACGGACAGACAAGUUACAUACACGAGCUCUUGAACCUAUCUACCUACGGCGCAAUAAAAAUCGUGUGAUAGUAAACAGUGACCGGCUUUUUCUGUCGUUUCUUAUCUCGCGUUUUCCUUUCUUCCACUGCUCUAUCCACGCGUUACAGUUUCAAGUGAACCACCACGGUGUUUUGCUCCGUUCUUACCGGCAUCCUCCAUCGACAAACAGAAAGCUGUGUAUUGGCACGCGAGACACGAGUGUAUACACUCGGUUGUGCACCGUGUAUCCGUUCCGGGAACCACCUGUGGAUUUCGCGCGAACCACCGAGUGACAGAGAGCGUCGUAUACUCUUCUCCCCGUGAAAGAACACGAAUCGUGUGCUGGCAUGAGCUGAACCACGUUAUCGAAGGACGAGGCGCGCACAGCUCGAUACCACGAUGUCCAAGUCGGAGUGAAGUAUCGUUGAUCGUUACGUCGGUGUUAAAGCAGGUCGAAUGAUGACCAUGUUCGGCACCCUCGUCCAGAGGCUCACCUCGCCGGUGACCUCACCGACGAGUCCUCGACGUCGUUUUAAAUCUCCGUCGCGUUGGGAGGUGCAGAGCGAUCCGGAGGAUGAUCCGGCCGCGCCAGUCCGCAAAUCCAGGGCGAAGCAUCUGCUGGACAAGCGCAAGAGCAAGAGCAGGGCGCGAGCUUUGAACGUGCAUUCGGAGCAAGUGCAGAUGUGCAACUCCGGAUGGCACGACGCCGCGUUUCCGCCGCUUCGGGGUACCAAGAGUCUCGGUAGGCUCGAUGGCAUGAAAGAGGUCCAGAGGCUGGCCGAAUACGAGAGGUACCUAGGCCAGGAGGCGAGAAACCUAGUGGAGAACGGAAACGGAAGCGUCGGGAGUGGCGCCGUUCUUCAACGUGGUCAGCUCGAGGGCGAUCUUCACCGUAUCCAGGAGCUCUUUCCUGGUGAUAACCUCCGGCUACACGAACGAGAUGUCCUUACCACGAAAAUGAAGAGUCUGAUCCGCAAGAGGAACGGCGGAAACCCUGGAAGGCUGACGAGAGUGUUGUCGCAGAAAUCUUUAAACGUGUCCAACAACUCACCGGCUCCGAAAUCUCCGCCGAGGACUUUCCUCUUGGAGACUCCGGUACAAUUCACCACGGGUGUACAAUCCCAGGACAGACACCUUUUUCUCUUCUCCGACCUAUUGCUCAUAGCAAAGGCACGAAGCGGCGGUAACUUUAAGCUAAAACAAUCCGUAAGAAUGAGCGAGCUAUGGCUAACUGCCGGGCACAUAGAGGAUGUGGCCGAAACGAGCAAAUCUCAGGAAACGAGCUUCGUCCUCGGCUGGCCCACUACGAACGUCGUCGCAACUUUUAUGACUGCUGCAGCGAGGGAUCUCUGGUGGGGACGUUUGACCGAACUCGUACGAGAGGAGAGUAUGAAGGAGCCGCCCGACACGAACAUUCAAGUCGUGUAUCACGACAGUGACACGAACACGGAAUACUGUAAGACGAUCAUGGUGGGAUCCGAGAUGACAGCGGCAGCCUGUGUGAAUUUGGCCACGCGUCUCUUGGAUCUUCAAGGACCUUUUCAGCUGUGGGCCAGAACGUCCGCCGACGAGGCGCCGUAUCCUUUGAUAGGACACGAGAGGCCUUUCGCCGUCAAACUGUCGAAUCUAAGACACACGCUGUCCGCGGAGGAAGGUUUCGAUCUGGAGCAUUGCAACAAAAGUGGACACGAUACGUGCCACUUUAUACUCAGGCCGGUACCAAAAUCGCCCGUAAAAAAGAACAAGUCUAAGAUCACUGGGUUAUUGAGGAGAUCCCUUUCGUUGAACCCGAGUUUGUUUGGAGUCAAUUUAUCGAGGCUCGACGAAAAUGGAUUGCCAAAACCUGUGUUAGUGAUGCUUCAACAAUUAUUCGCCAAGGGACCAUUCACGCAAGGAAUCUUCAGAAAAUCGGCGAAUGUUCGAAUCGUUCGAGAACUACGAGAUCAGAUCGAGUCUACCGGAGAUCCCAGUUGCUUGGAAGAUGCUCCAAUUAUAGCCGUGGCAGCUCUCCUUAAAGAUUUUCUGAGAUCCUUACCGGACCCUUUGCUAACUUCCCACCUAUUUCCUCUCUGGAUGGACAGCCUGGAUACACCAAAUCCUGUUCAAACUAUUAAAAAUAUUUUAGAUAGAUUGCCCAAAGCGAAUUACACCCUGCUAUCGCAUCUGAUCUGCGUUCUACAUCACGUGGCACGGAGGUCGAAGCACAAUCUCAUGUGUGCCAGUAAUCUGGGCGUGUGUUGUGGACCAAGCUUACUCUGGUCGCCAAAUCCGUCGGUGAAUCAGAGCAGGGCGAUCCCUACACUGACGGAGAUGUUGAUUCGUCAUUGUGAAGUCCUGUUUGGGGAGGGCGUCACGCAGCUCUUUGGGGAGGAACGCAGCGACAGUGGAGCCGAAGAAAGCACCGAUAGCCUUCACUCAGGUGGGCUUUCUCUGGACAGCCUGGACCUGACGGAACCACCGCGUAAAGACCACAUGUCUCUUUCAAGAGACUCUGGUCUGACCCUGUCGGACUGUCAGCUGUUCAUCCCAGAGUCUCCAGUGGGAUCCGAGGACUCUGCCGCGAAUGCCUCGUCAUCCAGCUUCGACAAGUCUCUGACCAAAGAGGACAAGUCUACCAGCAAAUCGUAUAUCCGUGUCUACGGUGGAUGGGAAGAGCGAAUGAACGGCUACGCGGCGAAUAAUCAUCACACGAGCGCCGUUGAGCAUAAUUUCAGGGAGGAGAAGAGCAGCAUCGGUUACCCUAAUCCGAAUUUUCAGAGGCAAGAUUGGCUGAGGGCUCAGCUGAAGAGAACGCCAAGAACAAAGCUGGACGAACACGAUCAUCGUAAAGACAGGUUCGACGAGAAGGAUAUCUACGGUAGGGAGUAUCUGAGACAAGAUUCUAUGAAGGAGAACAUGGAGAAUUGCAAGGACAUCUACAGGAGUUCGCAACUGGACAUAACGCGGGAUCUUCGAACAGAAUACGAAAGAGCCACGCAACAGGACAUCUGUACGGAACGGGUCUCCAUUCAUAAUUCGGAACAGGAUCUGUCGGGAGACACGACGUUGUCCAGUGACAGAUACGAAUUCAAGAAGGAACGGUUCAACGAGUUCAAGAAGGUCAAGUCGGAAAUGUAUGUUAAUCGCGAGUCACCAGUCUCUCAGAACGGUAGCUACCAUUCGGGAAGCGAUCUGUACGAGUUCAAAAAGGUGAAGAGCGAGAUAUAUGUGAACAAAGAAACGACGCGUACGGAGAGAUACGAAUCUGAGAGUAGCAUCUAUGGAAAUAGGGACAGAACGAGCGAGAUAUACGACUCGAGAGAGAGAAGCGAUUUGUACUCGUUCAAGCAAGCCGAGGCGAUCGAUUUGUACGGUGACGAGGACGACGAAGAGGAGAGAACGUGGCCGGAUACACCACCACCACUACCACCGAGAUUGAGGCAUCUGCCACCGGUACACAUGAAUCUGGAGGACAGACACAAAGUAGCGGGAAGGUCAAGGUCUUUACCACCGCCUCCUCCUUAUCGUCCGCCUCCUCAACCUCGUGCCUCUGUUACCACCAGGCAUCUAGGAUAUGGAAGAUCCGUCGUCGAUGACGAGAGUUAUGUUUAAUACGAAACGAGGAGCUAUUAGAAUCGCGCUCGCGUGUAUGUUUGUGUGUCGUGUGUGGUGUACGUAUAAUGCGUCUGUAUGUAUGUUGGCACUUCGGGAGAAUCAAAGAACCGAGAAAGUCGCAAGUCGAGAUCAUGUAUGCACGUUGGCUCGUGUAUCCAUGGGAUCUCGUUACGACUGAAACUAGUCCAAACUGGAACGCACGUACGAUAUCGGAAAGAAUAGCGAUAUGUAUAAUAUUGAAUUGUAUGCUCACCGAGGAACGAAGAAUAAUAUAGAGUUGCUUAGUGUUUGUUUUGUCAAAACGUAAACCAGAUCGAAAGAGUUAAAGUAAUCAAGUUUAAAGGUAUAAUCGUAAGUCACAAAACGCUAUCGAUUGUUGACGUUUCCUAGCGAUAGGACUUGACUGUUAUACAGUGAUUCAGGGUGCUUCCACGAGCCUUCAUAGGUUUCCCUUUUUCUUUUAAAUUAGUUAUUCAUAUAGAGACAUUUAUUAUUAAGUAUAGAUCGUAGCGGACAAGACUUGCGUCGAGAUGAUAUUAUUCGUAAUUUCUUUUCUUACGCGAAGAAUUUUUGUAAAAAUAGAGAAGAAAAAAUAUAUAUAUAUACUUAUAUAUAUAUAAUGUGUAAAGUACACGUACUAUGCGGAAAGAAAAAAAAACACAAUCUGUGCGAUAUUCAAAUGCGAACUGCCGUUUAGAGAGGGAGAAUCAGGCGUCAAUAUCUACGGAACGAAUCCCGAUAAUAAAAUGCAAAUGUUAUUGCAACUACGUCAGAAAAGGCAAAGCGAGGUUCGUUUCCAUUCGUCGUCCUAACAUCAUCUUUUUAAAUACGUUCACAUAGCUAAGCGCACAUCUCUGUAUUGAUAUGUUCCGCAAUUUCGAGAUUGUCCGACGUUCGCAAACUCGCGCAAACAAGAAAACAACAUUGACUCCCCCCCCCCCCUAUCGCGUUUCCUCUUGUGUUCUUUGUAUAAUACAUUCACGUUUCCUUCUCGUCUCUUAACAGGAAAUUGAUUCAUUGCGGAAUAAACAUGACAGUUAAAUAAUUCUUCCUCUCUUUCUCACUCUGUUUAUUAUAAUUAUACCGUCAUUUUGUCUUCUAUCUUUUUUUUAAAACUUAGAACAUAUAAAUCGUAGUGUUUCGUGUACGCGAAUAAAAGGGCGAUUAUCUUAAACUAUAAGAUACACGCGAAAGUUGAACGGAGCUGUUCGAUCGCUAUCCAAAUCUUUCGCUCCUCUCUGUAUAUAUUAAUGUAAACUGUAAUCUUUUAUAUUGCUAAACGUAUAUGAUAUACCCUAUGCAAUGCCCGUAAGGUAUGUAUACUUAUCUAAAUUAUACGACAUGCUAUGAGAAGUAAAUAUAUUUCGUAUUUUAUACA